AUGGUGAAGUCUGCUCUUGCUUCUGGGCUCCUGCUGCCGUGGGCUACUGAUAAAAGGAGUAAUUUUGGUUUGAUGGUCAUAUUCAACCUCUGGCCGCAAGUGGUCACCACACGCCGGAGUUUCGCUGAAGUUCCGCCGGCAAAAACCGCCGUCAUUAACGGCGGUAAUGAGAGGGCUUCAGCGGCAGUUUCGUUACCGCCGUUAAAAGAGGGCUUUAGUGGCAGUUUUUUUAAAGAAGGUUUCAUUACUGCCAUUAAAGUGUCACUAGGUUACUAUGAAGUCCUAUUAUCAUUUACAUGCUUUCUCUUCCUUUUCUUCCUAUCUACCACUAUUGAUGUUGUGUUUCCAUGGAACUGGCCUCUUUUUGGGAUACUACCGACUCUUCUCUGCCACGUGCACCAGAUCCACGACUGGGCCACCGGAGUUCUAUGCGAAGCCGGAGGUACUUUUCUAAUCAAGGGCCCUUUUUUGGCUAACAUGAAUAUGUUGGUAACUGUUGAUCCAUCUAAAGUGCACUACAAAAUGAGUUCCAACUUCUUAAAUUUCCCAAAGGGUCCUAAGUUCCUCAAGAUUUUUGACUUUUUGGGAGAUGGAAUUUUCAAUUCUGAUUCAGAUUUAUGGAGAAACCAAAGAAAACUUGCUCAAUUACAGCUCAGUCACCCCCAGUUCCACCGGUUUUUGGCCAAGACCACCCAAGAUAAGGUGGAGAAAGGACUCAUCAAAGUUCUUGAACAUGUCUCCAAACAAGGCUUGGUGGUGGACUUACAAGACUUGUUCCAAAGGCUAACAUUUGACACUACUUGCAUACUUGUCACCGGGUAUGACCCCAGUUGCCUCUCUAUCGACCUCCCUCAUGUUCCCUUCUCCAAGGCCAUGGAUGAUGCGGAGGAAGCUAUCUUUAUUCGCCACAUUGUCCCCGAGAGAGUUUGGAAGUUCCAGAGGUGGGUAGGGAUUGGACAUGAGAAAAAAUUGAGAAACGCUCGUGAAUCUCUAGAUCAUAUCAUAGCGAAAUAUAUUUCCAUGAAGAGAGAUGAACUCAGUAGAGAAAUCAAAUCGAAUGACGAAGAAGGAGGUGUCGAUUUAUUAACAUCGUAUUUAAAUGAAAAAGAGAUAGAAAGUGAUGAUAAGUUCUUGAGAGACACCAUUUUAAAUUUCAUGAUUGCAGGGAGAGACACGACAAGCUCAGCUCUCACGUGGUUUUUUUGGCUCGUUUCAACUCACCCAGAUGUGGAAGAAAAGAUCAGAGAAGAACUCAAAUCGAAUAUACCAACAAAAGAAGCUAACAAAUGGAGAUUAUUCGGCGUAGAAGAGGUAAGCAAGCUAGUUUAUCUACACAAUGCACUAUGUGAAUCAUUAAGGCUAUAUCCACCAGUUCCAUUCCAACACAAAGAGCCUCGUAAGCCAGAUACACUUCCAAGUGGGCAUUGUGUUGAUCCGAAUAUGAAAAUAUUGUUCUCCCUAUAUGCAAUAGGAAGGAUGAAAUUCAUAUGGGGAGAGGAUUGCAUGGAGUUUAAACCGGAGAGAUGGUUAUCUGAGCGAGGAACGAUCAAACAUGAGCCAUCUUACAAGUUCUUGUCGUUCAAUGCGGGACCGAGGACUUGCUUGGGAAAGAAAGUAGCCUUCACUCAAUUAAAAGUGGUGGCUGCAAGUAUAAUACACAACUACCAUGUUCAAGUCGUGGAAGGACAUACCGUGGCCCCUAAUGUUUCCAUCAUUCUGUAUAUAAAGCAUGGCUUGAAGUUGAAAUGGGCCAUGGCAAAGGCCAGGCAAGUUGAGUGCCGAACACGUUUGGGCCGCGGUAGCUUGGGCUUGUCCAGAGAGGUUUUGCUUGAUUAA